GCAACCACUGCUCCGUAACCAGAAGUAAAACUCCGGCUCGUGAGAUCGGAAGUGUUGUGUGGUUGUUUGCUAUUAGAUUUCACACAGCAUUGGAAAAAUGGUUUAAACCUAUCCUUCCUGCUUAGGAUUACUGAAAAAGUGUGUAUAUUUCAAAACAGUGUCACCAAGCGUGUCACGAUGAUUUCAGCAACAACUUUUCAUUGCUGAUAGCAGCGAUUAUUGCUUGAAAUUAAAUGCUUGCAGAGUGGGGCUGGCCUCUGUAUUUAGCAAGUUUAAAUAAAAAAAAUGCUGCCUGAAAAAAAAAACGAGUGUGUUGGUGAGAAGCGAGAGCACAAACAGGAAUGGCAGUGCAAAUGCAUUACAACAUUAUACUGGUAGUUGCCCUCCGCAUUAUUUGUGACUGCUCACCCACGCCAAAUUAACAAAAAAAAACAUUGUAAACUCUGGUUCGAGCUUUACAAUUUAAAAUAAACGAUAAGUAAACUAUAAUUUUCAUGUAAAAACAACAAUCUGCAAGGGAAAGAUAUUUGAAUAAUUCCGUGUACGUGUCUUUAAGUGAAAUGCUAGUCUCGAACAGAGCACUUAAGUGUUGGUAAUCAGUGGUCAUGCAAUGAAAGAAGUUUGAAGUUGUGUUGACCUGUUUGUGCCGAAAUUGAGAAACCAAGUAAUAUUGAGUAGUAUGCAUCCAGCAAGCAGUGAUUUAUGAACUACUUUUGAUAGUGUAGUGUUCGUGUGUUUUAGUGCUUCUAUUUAAUAUCACAUUCUCGUUUAUACGCCAUGUGUGAAACCUCAAUUACCGUGUUUUACUGUGUAUUAGUUGUAAACAAAUAUAGGAACCUCAUGUCAAUAUAGUGAUGAAUCAUUGAUUAUACGCAUUCUACAACUGAUAGCAUAGUAUACGUGAUACACUUCCGAAAAAGUUAAAGUUAUGUUACAAUUGCAUGUUAAAUCGAAGGCUUAAUCAGAAAAUCAAUGCAAAAAAUGCAUAAGUGCAGAAAAUCUGCAUUGCAAUAAACCAUCUAUGAAUACGCGUAUGCUCAAAUCGGAAUAAAAUGGCUGACUUGAUGAUGCAUCAUUCAUCGGGUGGAAAACCAGCUAGAGAGCCAGUGGAAAAGUAGAAACAAAAUUGAUCAUCCUUUAAAUAUUAGUUGGGAGAAAGAACAAAUAAACAAAUAAACACAACCCAAAACUGCAGACAAUUCAAAGGGAUUAGCUCUCUGUAAUUCCAAUAAAACCCGGCAUCGUUGAACUAUGGAUGAUGAAAUCCUUAAGACAGUAGAAUCUAUGCUUGGCACAAAUAUUCAGGUGGUUGAUUGCGAGAAAACUCAAACUGUUAGUGAGGAAGAAGUUCUACUUGUAAAUGGCGUUCCCGUUACUCUAGAAGGAUCUGACGGUAAUGCCAUUAAAAAGGCAUUAAUUGCCGGUGAAAUACCUUCGUGUGAUGUGCUCAAUAAGUUACUAUUUCGAGCUGGGGUUUUGCGGCAGCCUGUCCAACUAGAAACAUCUUUAAGUGUAAAAACAAGUACUGUAACAACUGAAGACAUUACUAUCGCUCGAAAUGGUCGAAUAUUGGAUGAAAGAUCUUGCGAGACAAAGGAAAAUAACUAUUACACCAGCACUUCCAAUGAAAUUUGGGAACCGGUCAAUAGACUCAAGAAAAGAAAGCAACCGGAAAUCAUUGACGAACAUACCGUUGACGAUAUGCUCUCCAAUCAGCUUAAAAGCGAAUUGUACUUAAUGGAAAACGAAUCAUCCUGUCGAAACGUACCUUCCCAUCCUACGCGCCAAAACUCAAUGUGCACAGAAUCUUCCACGUCGUCAUCUGCUGAGUCCAAUUAUUCAUCUCGACCAGUGAGCAAUGUAUCAAACAAUUCUGAUGACAAUUUUAUUUGUCAAAUUACACCCGAGCAUUUGAGGGUUAACAAUAAAAGCAGAUCAUGCACCAAACUAUCGUCAAACAAGCAAAGUAUUAGCUGUGAUUCAGGAAACGCCGAAGUAACGUUGACCACAAUACAUAGCAGUGAUAAAGGAGGUAGUCAUGAGUAUUACUCCUUGAAUGAAAUUUCAAAAACCAACACUAGUAAUUCCAUACAGACGGAUUCAUCUUUCGGGUGCGACUUAUCAUCAUCCGCAUCAUUCCAAGACGUACCAGAUAUUGCGGGAAUUUCACGGAUUGAAUACUAUAUAUGUCCAGCUCAACAAAAAAAGCACAACCGCACCACGCUUCGCAAACCGCAGAGACGCGAGCUCAAGAAUAAUGAUGCCAGUAGUGGGAGUUCUUCAGAAGUUUCAAGUCUUAACGACGAUAAUUGUCUGGUGUAUCGUGAUGGUAAUUUGAUUUCCGGAACACUUGAGACACUUUUGAAGCACAUGGUUCCAACAGAUGACUAUUACCCAGAACAAUCAUAUCUCUUCGCAUUUCUUCUAAGCGCACGAUUGUUCGUUAAACCGCACGAGCUCUUACAACAAGUAUGUGAUAUUUGCCACCAGCAGCAGCAACUGAACGUGUAUUUGAACAAUAACAACAACGGGAUUUCCAAUCAGGUACCUACAGUUGUUUUUAUUUCGGAAUCUUGUUAUUACGGUACCAGGUAGAUUAUAAUUGGUUCC